UUAGAAACUGGGUUUCUGGACUGUUAUGUUACUGUCUCUUUAAAUGUGGCGCGCUGCCCUGUUGUUGCUGUGCUGGAAACCCCGUACUGACUCUGAAGGGACCCAAGAUGGCUGAAUACUCACGGGGGGGGCAGUUAGCAAUUAUCUGAGCAAGACGUCGGAAAUGAAUGGCAUAUAGCAUUAAUGUAAAGCGUUACCCUGAAAUAACCACACGACUACAGUUUGUCGGUUUGCAUAUUCUUUUGGGGAUGCAUGAAUACCAGUAAGGAGAGAGUGGUCUCUCCGCGGCCCCGAGCCAGAACAUGGCGGAACACUUGGGGAAGAAAUAGCAGCUAACGCUAACGCUAGCUAGCUGGCGUAUUAUUCAGACACAAUUAGAAACAUUGGUCGAGGUUGAACACUGUAUAUUCGGUCCGCAUGUGUGAAAUAAUGUUAUCGGUGCACAGCUUUGGGCAUUUUUCUUUAUUAAAGAGUUGUUUAACGUUGACUACAUGGAGCGUAGGCACUUAGCGCACUGCUAGCUAGCUAGCUAGCUAGUCAACUCGUUGGGGUUUCUAGCUAACGUUGCCCGCAAGCGUACAGACUGUGCUGAUAAACAGGCAGCUUGUUUUUGAGGAGGGGGGGGGACAAAGCGUGUGACGGUGGGGCUUAUGUAAAUACCCCUCUCUCAUCUGUGUGCUAGGGGUUUCCAGUGUCUGACAGCCCUCGUUUUGUCGACUAACGAGGGCUAACCAGUGCCCUCCGCACUGCAUUGAGCCGUCGUUAGCUCGCUACAAUGGUCUGUGAGAUGACUGCUUUCAACACUGGCGAGAUAAGUUUUGAGGCUGCUCGUGAGAACAAACAGAUCUUGUGAUUGAUGCAUAAUCAAUAGGAGGGGGGGUGGGGGGUCUUCCUGUAUACUAGCCUGGGUGUUCCUCUUUUACGCCACCUUGAAAUAACUGAUUGACCCCUGACACUCACGUUAAGUAUUAGUAGUACUGCAUUGUACACGUGACCAGGUGUGAGGAGUGGGUGGAAGUUGUGGCGUUUCUAAGUGAGGCAGACACCCUGUAAAAAAAGAAAAAGUCAAGAAGGUCCGGAAAGGGGAAACCGGUCACAACUACUCUGCCAGGAUGACGGACACUCGUCGACGAGUCAAAGUCUAUACCCUCAAUGAGGACAGACAGUGGGACGACCGUGGGACCGGACACGUCUCCUCGGGCUAUGUGGAGAGGUUUAAAAGCACGUCUCUGCUGGUGCGAGCAGAGAGUGAUGGUUCUCUACUGCUGGAGUCCAAAAUCAGUCCAAACACAGCCUACCAGAAACAACAGGAUACUUUAAUAGUAUGGUCAGAGGCAGAAAAUUAUGAUCUGGCACUCAGCUUCCAGGAGAAGGCUGGCUGUGAUGAAAUCUGGGAGAAAAUAUGCCAGGUGCAGGGAAAGGACCCAUCAGUGGACAUUACCCAGGAUGUGGUCGACGAGUCUGAGGAGGAACGCUUUGACGACAUGUCCUCACCGGGUCUGGAGUUACCACCAUGUGAACUGAACCGCUUGGAGGACCUGGCUGAGAUGGUGGCCUCCUCACUCCCAUCACCACUGCGGCGCGAGAAACUGGCACUAGCUGUGGAGAAUGAGGGCUACAUUCGCAAACUCCUGGAACUGUUCCGUGUGUGUGAGGAUUUGGAGAACAGAGAGGGACUCCACCACCUGUAUGAAAUAAUUAAAGGCAUCUUCCUGCUUAAUCGUACUGCCCUCUUUGAGGUUAUGUUCUCUGAGGAGUGCAUCAUGGACGUCAUUGGUUGUCUUGAGUUUGAUCCAGCUCUUGCGCAGCCACGGCGGCAUCGGGAGUUUCUAACUAAGACGGCCCGGUUUAAGGAGGUGAUCCCCAUCUCUGAUCCUGAACUGCGUCAGAAAAUACACCAGACGUACCGGGUGCAGUAUAUUCAGGACAUGGUGCUGCCCACGCCCUCUGUUUUUGAGGAAAACAUGCUGUCCACCCUGCACUCCUUCAUCUUCUUCAACAAGGUGGAGAUUGUGGGCAUGCUACAGGAUGAUGAGAAGUUCCUGACAGACCUCUUUGCACAGCUAACAGAUGAGGCUACAGAUGACGACAAAAGACACGAACUGGUGAACUUCCUAAAGGAAUUUUGCGCAUUCUCACAAACGUUACAACCUCAAAACAGAGACGCCUUCUUCAAGACAUUGUCAAACAUGGGCAUUCUACCUGCACUAGAGGUCAUACUGGGAAUGGAUGACGUUCAGGUGCGUGGGGCGGCCACAGAUAUUUUCUCUUAUCUGGUGGAGUACAACCCCUCCAUGGUACGAGAGUUCGUCAUGCAGGAGUCUCAGCAGAAUGAUGAUGACAUCCUCCUGAUCAACCUGAUCAUAGAACACAUGAUCUGUGAUACAGACCCAGAGCUAGGUGGAGCGGUGCAGCUGAUGGGUCUGCUACGGACUCUGGUGGACCCUGAGAACAUGCUGGCUACUGCAAAUAAAACAGAAAAGACAGAGUUCCUGAGCUUCUUCUACAAGCACUGUAUGCACGUCCUCUCAGCUCCACUGCUGGCCAACACCACAGAAGAAAAACCAAGCAAAGAUGACUUUCAAACAUCCCAGUUGCUGGCCUUGAUUUUGGAGCUGCUGACAUUCUGUGUUGAACACCACACCUACCACAUAAAGAACUACAUCAUCAACAAGGACAUUCUCAGGAGGGUACUGGUGCUCACGGCCUCUCAGCACGCCUUCCUGGCCCUAUGUGCCCUACGCUUCAUGCGGAGGAUCAUUGGUCUGAAGGAUGAAUUCUACAAUCGCUAUAUCAUGAGAAACUUUCUCUUCGAGCCUGUCAUCAAGGCCUUCCUCAACAACGGCUCACGCUACAAUCUCAUGAACUCAGCUAUUAUUGAGAUGUUUGAGUAUGUCCGUGUGGAGGACGUGAAGUCUCUCACAGCUCAUAUAGUAGAGAACUAUUGGAAAGCUCUGGAAGAUGUCGACUACGUCCAAACGUUCAAGGGCCUAAAGUUGCGGUAUGAACAGCAGCGAGAGAGACAAGACAACCCCAAACUGGAUAGCAUGCGCUCCAUCUUGAGGAACCACCGCUUCCGUCGUGAUGCACGGACACUGGAGGAUGAAGAAGAGAUGUGGUUCAACACAGAUGAGGAUGACCUUGAGGAUGGCGAGGCAGUGGUUCCUCCCUCUGACAAGAUGAAGAAUGAGGAAGACCUCAUGGAACCUAUAAGCAAGUUCAUGGAGAGAAAGAAAUUGAAAGACCCAGACGACAAAGAUGUACUGGGGAAGUCGAGCUUAUCCGGCAGGCAGAACCCAAGCUUCAAGCUCUCCUUCUCUGGCUCCACUAAAACCAGCCUGUCCAGCCCUCCAUCAUCUGCCUCAUUGAACCCAGGUUCUCCAGGAUCACCAGGUUCUCCAGGCUCAGGGGCACGGAGCUCACCCUCCACCACGACUGUAACCACAAAGGGAGGUUUAGUGGGACUGGUGGACUACCCUGAUGACGAUGACGACGAGGAUGAAGAAGAGGAGGAGGAUGGGGAGAGUAAAGAGGAGCCUCUGCCACCUUCGAAGAAGUCCAAACUGAGUUCCUAAAGAAGCUUCACUGUCCCAGCCGGUGCUCUGCUCGGACAGUUUCAGCUCAUAGACUUCACACAGGAAUGAUCAAACUUGUACACAGAUUGAAUGAAUUAAGAGCCCCCCCUCGCUGUCAGCGGGCGGCCAAAAAGAGGAGCAGACUGUGAACGAACACAACGCCUCCUCAGACUAGCCCACUUCAUACAAGUGCCAAUCAGGAAACCGGGAGUGAAAAAAACGUCUGAAACGUGUAUCAGACGUGUGAAUGUUGGGGGAGAACCGAUCACACUCUGUAGAUCGUCAGCAGUCUCGGACAGAACGAGGACGGGUCGGAGUUUGGUUAUUUAGCAACCGGAGGAAACGACCACAUACAAAACAUGUACACAGACUGAAAUCCAAGAGAGCUUGCGGGCUCGGACCAUAACCCACUGCCCCCCCCCCACUCAGGGAAGGACAUCACAGCGGCCCAAACGGGUCGGCCAGUUCAGACCCAGAACCACGACUCGCACCCCCGUCCCCCUCCUCAGACUUCACCUUCCUCCUUGUUUCUUUCUACUUCUUUUUCUCCUCUUCUCUUUCCUCCUUUCUUCGUCUGUCGCUUCUCAACACUUUUUUUUUUUUUAAGUUAGUAUAUAGGACCAGACGGGAGGCAGCAUGUGGCAAAGAGCUGUCCCUGUUGUCGUUUGAUGAUGUCAUCAGUGUUGUCGUUCCUCAGCGGACGUUCUUUCUCUGAAGAGAAAAAAAAGCCAGCAGUUUCUUCAUUAUUUUCUUUUUUUGUUCUCUAUUUGUCUCUCAAUCUUUCUCCUGUUUUUUGUAAAUGAUGACAAAAAAAGACCUGCCUUUAAAUGUUCAGGACGUUUUCAGUCACACUUGAACAGGUUUUUAAAGACCUCAGUAGGUGAGCUAGUUUUACCCUUUUUGCCCUUUGAAACUGCAGAUUUUUUGGAGAAUUUGUAAUCCCGUCUUGAUUAAAGAUUGAGUGGAAUUCUAGAUGUGAUGAAUUUUGUCAUAUCUUUUCCUUUUUUUCCUUUUACAUGAGUGUACAAUUAGUUGUUCAGAAUAUUUGGGACCAUUAAAAUGAUCUUUGCUGUAAGAUGUCCUACUUACUACCCUUUGUCCAAAUAACUCAAGUGUUUCCUUGCUGCAUCGUACUGUUAUUGAUCAGUCCACAAGAACUUGACCCUACACCCGCAGCACAGAAGGUGUCGUUGGGUUUCCAACAUGGUUCCACAAACUAUCAUCCGGCAAAUCAACUCCACUCCACUCUAUGAAAGUUAAAGAAAGACCUCCAAUCCCACCCUAAUACUGUAAAUAUGUGAAAUUUCAGUGUACAUUUUCAUACUUUUAAAACAUGUCUGUUAUUACCAAAACUAAUUGAUGUUGUGAAACCAUGUACAUGAGAAAAUAUAUGGUCACAUUCUUUUGCUCUAGGAAAAACUAAUUUUGUUAAU